AUGGCGGCAAAAGAUGAAUACUACGAUUAUCUGUAUAAAAUUGUACUGAUCGGAGAUAGCGGCGUUGGUAAAUCCAAUAUGCUUUCUCGAUUCACUCGAGAUGAAUUCAACCUGGAGAGCAAAUCAACCAUCGGCGUUGAGUUUGCGACAAAAAGUGUGUAUUUGGAUGAGGGCAAAGUGAUCAAGGCUCAGAUCUGGGACACAGCGGGACAAGAGAGGUAUCGAGCCAUUACUUCGGCGUACUACAGGGGAGCUGUUGGAGCGUUGCUGGUCUACGACAUUACGAAGCGGCAGUCAUUCGAGAAUGUGGAGCGAUGGCUAAAAGAACUCCGCGACCAUGCUGAUCCGAACAUUGUCAUCCUCCUCGUGGGAAACAAGAGUGAUCUGAAGCAUCUCCGCGCGGUUUCCGUCGAAGAAGCGACAAAAUUUGCAAACAGAGAGCACCUGGCCUUCAUUGAGACCUCCGCGUUGGACGCCACAAACGUCGAGCAAGCGUUCCACCAGAUUUUGGCGGAGAUUUACCUUCUGCGGCAGAAAAAACAAAUCGAGGACAACCCUCAGGCUGCCGCCCAACCAGGGCGCGGACAGAAAAUCCACCUGGAUGAGGAGAGAACCGAAAGUCAAAUACGACAGAGCAGGCGCGGCUGCUGCUCGUCAUAG